AUGCAGACACACCUUAUUGUUGUCGCUAUCCCCUUCGUGAUUUGUUCAUUCAGAUGUAUGCGACGCUGCUCCGCGUUUGCAAAGCCGAAAUGGCCCGUUCGUAGUGUGGAGAUGCGACUUCCCGGCGCUCUCCAACUCCGCUCUUCACCAAUACUCCCGCAGCCCCUUUGCAUCUGCAAUGAAGUUCCGGCACGCAGUCUUCCACCAAAUGCUAUUGGCUCUGCUAUUCGUCAUUUUAUAUGCGGCAUUCUGCACCUCCUGCGCCAUGCUUUCAAGCUACACACUCCUAAAGCAAAAUGCCUACGUUUCUGUUCCAUCUUGCCUGUACCAUCUACUUGUUAUGGCCAGCUAGAACGUGCUUCUACUCAUCUGCAAACGGCAACCUUGAAGAUACCGAUAUAUUUUUUGUGGUCCGCGGAGGAUAUGAAUCGUUGGCUUUUUUCAUGUGUAUGCCGGAUAAGUGACUGCGCAUCCGCGCAUGUGUGCAGAUUGUAUGUGCUACACGAACAAAUACAGACUAACUUCGGCAAGACUUGA